AUAGCUGAUCUGAUAAGGCAAUUCUGGCUUCAGUUCAUUAGAAAUCAGAUCUAAAAAAUGGCAGUGGAAGGAAGUAAGGUGCAAGCCUUGGUUUCAGAUGUGUUGAAAGUUGAUGCAAUUGAAGAAGCCUUCAAUGAUUUCCUGGUUCAACGCAAGGAUGAAGGAAUCAAAUACAGUGCUUUGGAAAAGGAGAUCAUAGCAAUGAUGAAUGAUACCCAAGGUGAAUCACAAGAUGCGGUUUUGCCACAACUUGUUGGUGUUAUUUCUUCUGUCAGUAGUGAUUCCCAUUCAAAGCUCUUAUUUAAACUUCUGGAAAGUGUUGUGAAUGCAAAUAUUGCAACUGCACGGAAAGUGUGUGAUACUCUUCUAGCUAAUGAAAAGCUUACACCAUCAAAUCCAUUAUUAUGGCAAGGAAGCUUUUCAGUAAUCAGAAAAAUUGUUUGCCAUGUGGACUAUAAAGGAGUUAGAGAAAUAAUGAAAACUUGUCUGGAAAAGGCCCAACUGCUGCCCAGCCGCUUCUCCACCUCAGAAUUUCCCAAUGUUACAGCACUGGAACAUACCUUAAAGCACAUUCUUGAUCGUCAAGUCUGUCUGUUACCAGCAUAUUUCAUUGUCAAUGAAAUCAGGAAGAUGUACCCAGAUAACAAAGACUGGCCUCACUGGAAACUGGCCGGGCUUUUAUCGGAAGUAGUGGAUAGCUUUCGCCCUUUAGUGCAAAUGCUUUCUCCCAUAGGAAGACCUUUGAUGUUUCCUGUGGUCGACCCUUCAGCUCAUGGCGUCCACCAUAGUUGGAAACUUGAACAGGGCACCCUGAAACUUGCCCUGAAAGGAAAUCUUCCCUAUGAAAAGGAGUAUACCGAACCACAGACUCGCCUGAUACGCUAUGUUUUAGAGCAACCUUACUCUCGUGAAGUCCUUUGUGGAAUGUUGGGUCUACAAAAGCAGCACAAGCAGAGGCAUGCGGUAUUGGAAGAACAACUUGUAGAACUUCUGGUACAAGCAAUGGAACGCGCUGAAAAUACCCCUGAACAAGAUUCAGAUGCUGCUGAUGAACUGGGUGUUUCACAUUGGCUCUGGCAUCACCUGUCUAGCCAAAUUAUUUACUUUGUUCUCUUCCAGUUCGCCUCCUUUUCUCACCUGGUCACGCUUUUGCACGAAAAAUUGGCAGAACGAAAACUACGGAAGGGACGCGACCAAUUGAUGUGGGUCCUUCUCCAAUACAUAUCUGGCAGCAUUCAGAAGAAUCCAUUGGCUGAAUUUUUGCCACUCUUGCGCCUCUAUGAUCUCCUGUACCCAGAACGGGAACCCUUGCCCGUCCCUGACUACACCCGACCUAUCUGCGUGCAUCAGAUGGCUGUUGCAUGUAUAUGGAUACAUAUUGUGAAGAAGGCUCAAACUGAACAACAAAAUGCGCAGAAAGAAAUUGCUGCUGCUUCUGCGGCUGCUGCCGGUUCCGGAGGAAUUGCUCCAUCCCCUGCUCAACCCGGUGGAAAAACGGAUUCACGAGCUUUCACAACACUACUUCAGAGACAUUUCCCACAAGCGCUCAAAAAUCAUCAAGAAUUCUUGCAACACAAUGCACUUAAUCCUCCUAGCAGCGCCCCUUCUGGGGACUACAGGGUAGCACUACUUUGCAAUGCCUUCUCCACAACCUUGGACUGUUUGGCCCGUCCCAUGGGUUCACUAAUGGAAUCUUUGCACGGUAACCUCAGCCAAAAAGGUUCUGGCAAUGCAGGAGGCGGCACCGGUGGCAUGCCAAACACAGGACCUAUUUCUCCAAUUCCUCUGGCCUUCUUGGAUGCAUUGACUGUCCAUGCAAAAAUGUCACUGAUCCAUAGCAUAGUGACGCACGUGAUCAAGUGUGCUCAAACCAAAAUGAAUGUACCACUGGCACCAGCUCUCGUUGAGACGUAUAGCCGCCUGCUGGUCUACACUGAAAUCGAGUCACUGGGCAUCAAGGGCUUUAUUACUCAAGUAAUGACGAGUGUUUCGAAAUCACAAGCAUGGGGCAUCUUCCAUACAUUGGUGGAAAUGUUCACUUUUCGUGUUCACCACAUGCAGCCACAAUAUCGCAUUCAGCUGUUAACUCUGUUACACUCGUGUGCCGUGCCACAGCAACAUCAGACACAGUUGACGCUUUGUGUCGAGAAUGCCGCUCUAAGGCUGAUUGGAUUACUUGGUGCAGCGGAAAUGCAGCCAUGUUAUUCACGUUCAGCUGCUGACAUCAAGCCAUUGUUUUCCAGCGAUUCCGAAGAACUUAAUCGGGCUCUAAUUCUGACUCUCGCUCGGGUUAUCAGUGUCGCUGGCUGUGAGACUCAACAUAGCAGUUGGUACAAAGACCUUUUGACGCUUAUCCAACAGCAGACGCCACAUAGCUGGUCGAGCAACACCAGGGAUUGUUUCCCGCCGCCGCUUGCCGAAUUCUUCAGCCAGGCACAGAACCAACCUGCCAAAGAAUCGAAGCAACAAUUGAAACAGUCUAUUGAAGAAGAGCAUCGGAAAGUCCUAGCCAUGAAUCCAGACGAUUGGCCAGCUCACUUUGCUCCUCAAUCGAACAACCCACCAUUUUUCCUAUGUCUUUUGUGGAAACAACUUCUCGAAACCGAGCGUAUCAACCCUGUUGCUUACAAAUGCAUCGACCGUAUAGGCGCCCGUGGAUUGGGGAGUCACUUGCGAACAUUCUGCGACUUUUUGGUCUACGAAUUCGCCAACUCGGGUAAAGGCCAGCACGUCAACAAGUGCAUAGAUGUGCUAAACGAAAUGGUGUGGCAGUAUAACGUCGUCACUAUCGAACGACUAGUCCUCUGUUUAGCAUUACGACCGCUAGAAGGAAAUGAAGCUCAGGUUUGCUGUUUCAUCAUUCAGCUCUUGCUUCUCAAGACACCACAGUUCCGUUCGCGUGUUCAAGACUUCGUGAAAGAUAAUUCGUCGGAGCAUUGGCGCCAAAACAAUUGGCAUGAAAAGCAUUUAGCCUUCCAGCGAAAGUUUCCCGAACGUUUUGGACCGCCCGAGUCAGUGCUGGAGACUAUAGGGCAGGGUGGAUCUUACCAAUCCCUUCCUACGUACUUUGGCAAUGUGUGCCUCCGUUUCCUACCAGUUUUCGACAUCACCAUUCAUCGUUUCACAGAAAUUCCACCCGUCACCAAGUCACUGGAAACGAUCCUGGAACACCUAGGCUGCCUGUACAAAUUUCACGAUCGUCCAGUAACGUACCUUUACACUACGUUACAUUACUAUGAACGCAAGCUGCGUGAUAGGCCGCUUCUGAAGCGAAAACUAGUUUCCUCCAUCAUGGGCUCUCUGAAGGAUGUCCGACCUCAAGGAUGGGCUUUGUCUGAGGCCUAUUUAAGUUAUAGCGUUCGCUCGGCCGAAGACCUAAAUUGGUUGCCAGAAUUAGAUUACUACGUCAAGUUAGUGGGUCGUCUGGUUGAUACCACUGCCGGUCGAUCACCAUUCCCGUUCCCAGCUAUGGAUUGGCGGUUUAAUGAGUUCCCUAAUGCUAGCUGCCAUGCUCUGUACGUUACAGCGGUUGAACUUUUGGCUCUUCCUGCUUCUCCUGCUAUCGUGGCCAAUGCACUAAUGGAUGUCGUCUUACAAGGCUAUAAUCUUUUGCCAGUUUCGGAAGCGACGCCAGUGGAAUCGUGGGUCAAUGCCGUAGGUCUCCUACUGACAUACUUGCCCGAAUCCUACUGGUCUGUCUUGUAUGAGCGGAUCGUUGAGUUGUUGAGUGGCCCGCAGCUUUCUUGCUACACCUAUCCCUGUUCACCGCUUCAUCUGUUUCAUUUUUCGACUGUCGUCGGCCAAGGUCUAGACGCGCCAUUUGUCCUAUUGCUAGCUGUCGCCCACGCAUUUUUCACCCAUGCAAAUAUAGGUCAGAUGGGCGGUCUUCCUCAGUUUGUCAAAGAUCGUCUACAUCCUCUGAUUCGUACUGAGGAGCAGUACCUUUGGCUAUGCCAUUUGAUUGGCCCCACUUUACAGAGGUUUAGUGUGGACAAGCCCAAGUGCGUUUUUGAUUUGACUGUGGAAUUAUACGAACUCCUUGAGCAGGUAGACAAAAAUGUUGCUGAAAUCAGGAUGAUUGAUCCUAUCUGUGAUCUUCUCUACCACAUUAAGUACAUGUUCACUGGCGAUCAAGUUAAAACAGAAGUAGAACAGGUCAUCCGGAACUUGAAACCUCCAUUACGAUUACGACUCAGGUUCAUCAGCCACUUAAACCCACAAUAAAAUUGAAGCGAAAGCGAUUUCAAUAGAAAAAACCGAAAUAUUUGCCAACUUCCCAAUCGCUUCAUAAUUUUUCGACGCUUUUGAUAAAAUGUAUGUACAAAAUGAAUCGUAUUAAAUUAAACGAUUUUUGGGUU